ACGCCGCUGCUCUGGCACCAUGACGCUCGCCCGCUUCGCCGUGGCUCUGAUUUUGGGGGCGCUCCCCGGAGCGGUCAGCUUUGAUCCGGUCCUCAGUUAUCCCCUCCACCACCGCCAUCGCCAUUCGCCCCCUCCGGGUCCCCAGUCCCCUUAUUACCUUCCUACCCAGCAGCGUCCACAGAGGACGCCUCUGCCGCGCGUCCCGCGCCCCCCGGCGGCGCUCCGGGCCCCGCGCCUGCAGGCCCCCCACGCCGGGCACACGCCCGGGCCGCGCGCCGGGGACUGCCCCGCCGGCGAGCCCUGGGUCAACGUGACGGACUUCGGCGCCUCUUGUCUGCGCUGGGCAGAGGUGCCGCCGUUCCUCGAGCGGUCGCCCCCGGCGGGCUGGGCUCAACUGCGAGGACAGAGCCACAACUUUUGCCGGAGCCCCGACGGCGCGGGCAGACCCUGGUGCUUCUAUGGGAACGCCCACGACAAGGUGGACUGGGGCUACUGCGACUGCAGACACGGGUCAGUCCGGCUCCAUGGUGGCAAAAACGAGUUUGAAGGCACAGUGGAAGUAUAUGCAAAGGGAGUUUGGGGCACAGUCUGUAGCAGCCACUGGGAUGACGCUGAUGCAUCGGUUGUUUGUCACCAGCUGCAGCUGGGAGGUAAAGGAGUAGCAAGGCAAACCCCGUUUUCUGGACUGGGCCUUAUUCCCAUUUAUUGGAGCAAUGUCCGUUGCCGAGGAGAUGAAGAAAAUAUACUGCUUUGUGAGAAAGACAUCUGGCAGGGUGGGGCGUGUCCUCAGAAGAUGGCAGCUGCUGUCACGUGUAGCUUUUCCCAUGGCCCUGCGUUCCCCGUCCUACGCCUUGCUGGGGGGAGCAGUGCGCGUGAGGGCCGAGUGGAGCUCUACCAUGCGGGUCGGUGGGGGACUGUCUGUGACCACCAGUGGGACAAUGCAGAUGCAGAAGUGGUCUGCAGGCAGCUGGGCCUGAGCGGCAUUGCCAAAGCAUGGAAUCAGGCAUAUUUUGGGGAAGGAUCUGGCCCAGUAAUGUUGGAUGAAGUACACUGCACUGGGAAUGAGCUUUCUAUUGAGCAGUGUCCAAGGAGUUCCUGGGGAGAGCAUAAUUGUGGCCAUAAGGAAGACGCUGGAGUGUCCUGUACCCCUCUAACAGAUGGGGUCAUCAGACUUGCAGGUGGUAAAGGUAACCACGAGGGUCGCCUGGAGGUGUAUUACAGGGGACAGUGGGGCACUGUCUGUGAUGACGGCUGGACUGAGCUGAAUACAUAUGUGGUUUGCCGACAGCUGGGAUUUAAAUAUGGCAAACAAGCCUCUGCAAACCACUUUGAAGAAAGCACAGGGUCCAUAUGGUUGGAUGACGUCAACUGCUCAGGAAAGGAAACCAGUUUCCUUCAGUGUUCUCGGAGACCCUGGGGAAGGCAUGACUGCAGCCAUCGGGAAGAUGUUGCUAUCUCCUGCUACCCUGGCAGGGAUGGACACAGACUGUCUCUAGGUUUUCCAAUCAGACUGAUGGAUGGAGAAAAUAAGAAAGAAGGACGAGUGGAGGUUUUUAUCAAUGGCCAGUGGGGAACAAUUUGUGAUGAUGGGUGGACUGAUAAGGAUGCAACUGUGAUCUGUCGACAGCUUGGCUACAAGGGUCCUGCCAGAGCAAGAACCAUGGCUUAUUUUGGGGAAGGAAAAGGACCCAUCCACGUGGAUAAUGUGAAGUGCACAGGAAAUGAGAGGUCCCUGGCUGACUGUAUCAAACAAGAUAUCGGAAGACACAACUGCCGCCACAGUGAAGAUGCAGGAGUUAUUUGUGAUUAUUCUGGCAAGAAAGCAUCAGGUAACAGUAAUAAAGAGUCUCUCUUAUCUGUUUGUGGUUUGAGAUUACUGCACCGUCGGCAGAAGCGGAUCAUUGGUGGGCAAAAUUCUUUAAGGGGUGGUUGGCCUUGGCAAGUGUCCCUCCGGCUCAAGUCAUCCCAUGGGGAUGGGAGACUCCUUUGCGGGGCCACGCUCCUGAGUAGCUGCUGGGUCCUUACAGCUGCGCACUGCUUCAAGAGGUACGGUAACAGCACUAGGAACUAUGCUGUUCGGGUUGGGGAUUAUCAUACUCUGGUGCCGGAGGAGUUUGAGGAAGAAAUUGGAGUCCAGCGGAUUGUGAUUCACCGGGAGUAUCGACCAGACAGCAGUGACUACGACAUCGCCCUGGUCAGAUUACAAGGACCAGAAGAACAAUGUGCCAGACUCAGCAGCCACGUUUUGCCAGCCUGUUUGCCACUCCGGAGAGAGAGGCCACAGAAAACAGCCUCCAAUUGUUACAUAACAGGAUGGGGAGACACAGGACGAGCCUACUCAAGAACUCUACAACAAGCAGCCAUCCCCUUACUUCCCAAGAGGUUUUGUGAAGACCGUUACAAAGGUCGAUUUACAGGAAGGAUGCUCUGUGCUGGAAACCUCCAUGAACACAAACGUGUGGACAGCUGCCAGGGAGACAGCGGAGGACCACUCAUGUGUGAACGGCCAGGAGAGAGCUGGGUUGUAUACGGGGUGACUUCCUGGGGAUAUGGCUGUGGGGUCAAGGAUUCCCCUGGUGUUUAUACCAAAGUCUCAGCCUUUGUACCUUGGAUAAAAAGUGUCACCAAACUGUAAUCCUUCAUGGCAGCCUCAAGAAAAUAAUAUUUAAAGAAUCUGUUGGAAAAUUUCCAACAUUAGCAUUUAGCCAGAGAUGCCAGCUAAUGGGAGCAGAGAUCCAUAUUUGUGUUGUGUUGUGAUAAGAACUGUGUACCCCCCUUUGCUGCUUGAGAAUUUGUGAUGUGAACAUUCUGGUUACAGAUACCUCAGUGUAGUAACGAUUAUCCGUAUUUAGCAUUGUUGCCUACCCAAAUUAGUUUAAUGGACACUAAAUUCAUUAUUCUCCUGAGUCUUGUCUCUGCCUAUUUCUCAGCAUUCUCCAGAGAUUAUUGUAUAUUGAUUGUGCAGUCAGGCUGUUUUUACAUUAAUUUGGAUUGAGAACUCCUUUAUAACUGAAUCAAUGGUACAUAUUCAUAUAAAGAGCCUACAUUUGACAUAAAAAAAAUACUCUUUACUAUACCCAAAAUAAGAGUGGCAUUGUUUUCUGUUCAUGUAAUUCUUUAAGCUCAGAUUUUUUUCCUUAGGCUGAUUAAAAAAAAAAAAAAAAAAUCAGACCACAUCUUUCUGGCCUUUCAUGAGAAAACUGAAGGCCAAAAAGAUAAAGGAAUUCUAUUAUAAACAGACUGGAAAAGAAUAUCAUUGUCACAGUACAUUCCUGAAUGAAGCCUUUGUACCAAGCACUAUGGCAACUAAAGAGAAAAACAUUCUAGCUACCUUGUAUGUUGUUAGCACAAAUUAGCAUUCCUGAUAACAUAAUAAAGAAUGCCUUCAAACUGUUCAAUGCACAACCUAAUUCAAUCUGCUUGAUUACUUUUAAUCACUUCAAGUUUACAGCUUGGUAAAAAAAAAGUUUUUUCCUUAGCAUCAUGCUGUUUUCCAGACCAUGAUUUAAGAGUGCCACCUACUGCAACCUUCGGGUAACUAACUUAAACCUGCAGAGUAUCCUGAUAGUCCCAUCUAAUAAAAAUAGACGAUUAAAAAUGCUUUCCCUGUCUAUAGUAUGGGAAAGUCUAAAAUAACUGUUAUGUUUAAUCCAUAUACCACUUAUGUACUAGGUGGCUAUGCACCUCAUUGACAAUUUAUAAAAGGUAAGAUUUUAUAAUAUUUCUAGUUUUCAAAUGGGUUAACAGGCAGAGGCCAAGAUGAGACAGCUGUUGAAAGGUUUUGAAUCCAAACUCCAGAACUGGAAGAGUCCCAAUGCAGACAAGAGCAUCUCCUUCCAUCCCUCUAACCCAUGCUUCUCCAGUCUAAAGGUAAGUUUUCCCUCUGGCUGUUUCCCAAAGGAGUAACGGAUAGCUGCUUACUAUGUAUCCUACAGGGCAUUCUUGGUAGCAGCACAAAAUCUUUGCCCAAAUAUAAAAGCUAAGCCCUCAGGAUACUUGAGUAAUCUUUAUCAGGGGUGACAUGACUGCUAUCAUGAGUCCUUCCCAAAAUCCCAGGUGGUAAAAUAAGGUGAGGCAGUGAGUGCAAACUAUAGGAUUUAGAAUGCUUAAGUAAUCCUCUUAAAUGGCUAACUCACCAUGGAGGGACUUCACCCCCAUCCCUUUCCCUUCUGUAUCAUAUUGCAUCCCUUUUGUAAAUUCUGAGCUAUGUAAAAAAACUGGUGCUAACCUGAAAGUGCUUUAUAGUUUACUACUUUGCAGAAGUGCAAUGCAGUUCAAGUAGAAUAGCAUUAAAACGUUUUCUAACACUCAUGACUUUGAUAAAGGAAAAAACUUUGCAUGUACAUCUAGAGAUGACAGAGCUAUAGACGGUGCACACAUGCACAAGGGCUUGGGAAAAACCUGCAAUGCAGGUGAGAAAAUUUAUCUUCCUGAGUUUCUCUUGGGCCAUCCUUGUAAUGGAACUACAGUGCUGAUGCAAACAUUUAUAUCGGCCUUUUAACUAGACCAGAGGCUGGCAAACUUAACAGAUAGUUAACAGAUGGCCUGCAGUUUGCUCAACCUUGAGUUAGAAUGCUUGGUUCAUAAGAUAUGCAUUUAUUAUAGCUUAAUUUUUUUUCUUGUUAAAUGUUAAGUGUGAGUUUUAAAGAUGCAAGUGUUCAGUGCACAUCUGUGUAAAGUGCAUAGCUUUUCACCAUGCAGUUUCCUUAAUCUGUGUGGUAUUAAAUGACCCUGGUCUCUUCCUCAGGGGUAAACUGGUUUUUUAUGUAUAAUCCCCAAAUAAUACCUUACACAACAAUACUAAUUCAUGUUACUUCCACUCGAGCUCCCAACAG